CUAGCAGCACUGCAUUUGUGAGCAACAACUGUAGUGACAGAUAGACAUAGUGAAAGAGAGAGGGAAGGGACAGAUGGGGAGAGAUCAGGCAGCUGCAGCGGUGAUGCCUGAGAAGCUGAAGCUGUUCGUGGGAGUGCUGGCCCUGCAGUUCCUGCUUGCAGGGUUCCACAUUGUCACCAGGGCUGCACUCAACAUGGGCAUCAGCAAGAUUGUGUUCAUCGUGUAUAGGAACAUCAUCUCCCUCGCCUUGCUCGCCCCAUUCGCCUACUUCCUUGAGAAGAAAGACAGGCCACCACUCACCUUCUCUUUGCUGGUGGAGUUUUUUCUCCUAGCAUUGUGUGGGAUAACUGCAAACCAGGGCUUCUACCUCCUGGGACUAUACCACCUGUCACCAACCUACGCCUCUGCCAUACAGAAUACAGUUCCUGCAAUCACCUUCGUCAUGGCUGCUGUCCUCAGGCUUGAGCAGGUCGAUCUCAGCAGGAGGCAUGGGCUCGCCAAGGUGGUGGGCACGGUGGUGAGCAUCGGAGGGGCUACAGUCAUCACCCUCUACAAGGGCCUACCACUGUUCCAUCACAAUCUGCACAUCGAGUCUCUCGUGACACUGUCCUCCUCGAGCCCCAUCCUCAACUGGACCCUGGGCUGCGUGUUCAUCCUUGGACAUUGCCUUUCCUGGUCCGGAUGGAUGGUUCUUCAGGUGCCCGUGCUGAAGAGAUACCCAGCCAGGCUCUCGGUUCUGUCACUGACCUGCAUCUUUGGGCUCCUCCAGUUCCUGGUCAUCGCGGUCUUCACCGAGGAAGAUCUGAGCAGGUGGAAGGUGCACUCCGGAGGGGAGCUGUUCACCAUCCUAUACGCAGGCCUGGUGGCAUCUGGCGUUGCCUUUGCUCUGCAGAUAUGGUGCAUCGACAGGGGAGGCCCGCUCUUCACCGCCGUCUUCCAGCCGGUGCAGACCGUCGCCGUCGCCGUCAUGGCUGCCGUCAUUCUCGGAGACCAGCUCUACACAGGAGGGAUCAUUGGAGCCGUGCUAAUCGUCGUCGGCCUGUACUUCGUGCUGUGGGGCAAAAGCGCGGAGAAGAAGGCAGGGAACCAAGAUCUGGCAGCACAGGGAGGAGGAGACAUAACGAGGCACCUGCUUGGGCGAGAUGCCUCGGCGAAAGAUGAAGAAGAGCCCACUGACCUGGCGUGA